UGGCUGUUUCUGAUUUGGCGGGAAAGUUGUCCAAGAUUGCAAUCAAGACAACACGAUCUUCAAGCUUAAAACCAUAUUUUUUUUAUUUCUACACAAGUGUUUUAAAAGUAUUAUAGGAAUUUUAUCAAAACUGAGAACUCAGCAAGCUUCUUGAGACUAUCUAUUGCUACGAAAUGGUUGCCUGCGAAGAAAUUCUAGCUCCCGAAGUGAUUUCACAGAGGUUACAAGACUUAGAGGCGGAAUUUCUCGACGGAGACCUGACUGAAAAGGGAUAUAUAAAAAAGAAAUGCAAGUUGCUGAAGUCAUCUUUACCCUCCGAUGUAAAAACGAGGCUGACACAACUUGAGCAAAGAUUUGCUGAAAAAAGGAUCACCGAGGACAAAUAUCUAUCCUUAAUGAAGCAAUUGUUGAAUGAGAAAACUCAAACUCAAGAAUCAAAUGGCCACACCAGCUCCUCACAUGUCAAUCAAAAUGGAGUUGCCAUGCCAACUGAUCAGGGUGUGUCCAGUGAGGUUAGCACAGAGCCAGCACUCUCAUCUACCUUGUCUUCAAGUGGCAUGGCUGAUAGAGUUGACAACAAGGGUGGGAAUUCAGAAUCCGAGGUCGAGGGUGUCGGUGGUAGUGACAUGGACGUUGAUAGUGGUGUGGCAUCAGAUGCAAUGACUAGUGACUUUUCGCAACCAUCUGCAAGCUCCAAAAGCUCUGAUGAAGAAACAGAAACCCCUGCAAAAAAGCAACAGAAAGCAAAACAUAGCUCACAGAAAAAGAAAGGCAAAAAAUCAAGCCCAAUGCGGCAAGCAGGAAUCACUGAAAUGUUUAGUAAAGUCUCUACAAAGCGUAAAGAAACGGAGAAAGAUGAAGGCGUCACAGGUUGCAGUAGUGUGGAUGAGGAGGCAAAGUCUGCACAGGAGGAGAAAAAGCAAAAAUUGGUUGAUGAUGAGCAUGAGCAGAAAGAUAAGGAAAGCUAUGGCUUGAGGGAGAACAAUUCCCAGAAUACAAACACUGUGAAAAAUGAAAAACCUCAGCCCCCUGCAAGAUGUAAAGAAUGCCGUCAGCUUAUUGACAGCCCUGACCUGUGUCUUUUUGCUGGAGACCCUGCAGAUGCAGUGGAGGAGUUUGUGGCAUUAGUUGAUCCUCGCUUGUCACUCUUCAGUGGUGACGAGGAGCAAUUUGACAGCUAUGAGGACAAGCCACAACACAAAAUUACUAACUUUAGUGUCUAUGACAAAAACACCCAUUUGUGUGCCUUUGACACUGGAUUGAUCGAGAAGAAUGUGGAGCUUUUCAUAAGUGGAUAUGUAAAACCAAUUUAUGAUGAAAACCCCAGCCCUGAAGGUGGGGUUCCAACCAAGAUCUUAGGGCCUAUCAAUGAAUGGUGGACGGCAGGUUUUGAUGGUGGUGAGAAUGCUCUCAUUGGAUUGACCACAGCAUAUGGUGAAUACUUCCUUAUGAACCCAUCCAAGGAAUAUGCUCCAUUUAUUCAUACCAUGAGGGAGAAGAUCCAGCUUAGCAAGAUUGUAAUUGAGUUCCUUCUGAACAAUCCAGAGGCGAGAUAUGAAGAUCUUCUGAAUAAAGUUCAGGUUUCUGUCCCCCCUGAAGGCUGUCCUAGCUUCACUGAGGAUUCUCUGCUAAGACAUGCACAGUUCCUAGUUGAACAGAUUGAAAACUAUGACUCGGCGGGUGAUACUGAUGAGCUACCCCUCAUCGUCACACCCUGCAUCAGGGAUUUCAUCAAACUUGCUGGAGUUACCCUGGGAAAAAGGCGUACUGCACGUAAAAUCAAAGUAAAAUCCAGAGCAGAGUUGAAGAAGAAACAAGCGCCUACCAAGGCAACCACCACAGAGCUUGUACGGCAUAUCUUCGACAUCUUCUUCCAAAACCAAAUCGAUGGAAAGAAUGGAAAUGCCCCAAGACGCAAGCGAUGCGGUGUGUGUGAGACAUGUCAGCAGCCAAACUGUGGAAAAUGCAGUGCUUGUCGUGACAUGGUCAAGUUUGGCGGCACUGGCAAGUCCAAACAGUGCUGCAUAAACCGGCGCUGUCCUAACAUGAUGGUGAGAGAGGCUGAUGACGAUGAAGGCUUGGAGGAUGAGGAGAAAGAUGACAAUGGUGAUAAAGAGAACAAGGCUGAAAGCCCGCACAAGCCUCACCACAAAACCAUUAAGGGACAAAAGACUAUCAAGACGAAGGUAGAAUGGCUGGGGGAGCCUGCAUGGAUUGAAGGGAAAAAGAAAUACUACUCCAGUGUUCUCAUCAACAAGAAAAAGGUCUCUUUGGGUGACUUCGUGAAGGUGUGCCCAGAUGACCCUCACAUCCCACUUUAUAUCGGCUGCGUUCAGUACAUGUGGGAGUCGAGCAGUGGCGAGAAGUUAUUCCACGCACGCUGGAUGACACGUGGAGCCGAGACCGUGCUGGGUGAGACUGCUGACUCUGCUGAGCUGUUCCUGUGCGAUGACUGUGAUGACAACCCUCUUGGAUCUGUACUUGAGACGUGUGAGGUGACAUACAAGGACCCAUCCGUCGACUGGCUGCAAGGAAGCGCCGGCAUGGAGAUCGAGACAUCAGAUGACGAGCAUAACGACAACACGUUCUUCUAUCACAAAUGGUAUCACCCAGAAAUGGGACGUUUUGUUGAUCCGCCACCUGAGUACCAAACCAAAGUGGACCGCACACAGCAAAAGUUUUGUGAGAGCUGUAUCAGGAUUUCUGCUGAAGAGAAGCUACGAGAACCCACUGUUCAAGAGAGGAUUGAUGAUAACAUGGACAAAACCUCAAAAGAAUUUUACAGAUCUUUCACCCUGAAUGGUUCUGAGUUUACCGUCAGUGACUGUGUUUAUCUGGACCCGGAAGCCUUCUCAUUCAAUGUCAGGCCAAAAGAAUCCAAACCGCACAAACGCGAGGGUUCUGUUGAUGAAGACCUCUACCCCGAGUAUUACCGGAAGUCCUCAGAAUACGUGAAAGGAAGCAAUCAGAACGUGCCCGAACCACUUCGGAUUGGACGUAUUAAGAGCAUUUACGUGAAGAGCUCCUCGGGAAAGCUGAAGGGUGACGGGGAUGACGUUAUGCUGACUGUCACUAAGUUUUACAGACCCGAGAAUACCCACAAAGGUGCAAACGCAAGCCACCAGGCUGACCUAAACCUGCUUUACUGGACUGACGAAGAGGCUAAAGUAUCAGCUUUAAGUGUUAAAGGAAAAUGCAUGGUGGCUUGUGGAGAAGACAUUCACUCCUCCAUCCAAGAGUACAGCUCUAAAGGAGACUGCUUCUACUACCUGGAGGCUUAUAACAGUCAGACAAAGGAAUUCGAAGAACUUCCUCCCCAAGCAAGAGACUGUUCAAGCAAGGGCAAGGGUAAAGGGAAGGGCAAAGGAAAGGGCAAGGGGAAAUCGUCUGCUGACAGCGGUCCUGAGAGCUGCAUGCAUGACCAGCAGAAGGAGGCCCAUGUGCGCAAGUUGCGAUCCCUUGAUGUGUUCGCAGGCUGUGGGGGUUUAUCAGAGGGCCUCCAUCAAGCUGGUGUUGCGGAGUCCCUGUGGGCCAUUGAGAAGGAAGAACCUGCUGCGCAGGCGUACCGUUUGAAUAACCCCGGAUGUACGGUCUUUACUGAUGACUGCAACACUCUACUCAAGCUGGCCAUGGAGGGAGAAGCUACUAACUCAACUGGACAAAAGAUCCCCCAGAGGGGUGAGGUCGAACUGCUUUGCGGUGGUCCCCCUUGCCAGGGGUUCAGUGGAAUGAACCGAUUCAACACGAGGGAAUACUCUCUCUUCAAGAACUCGCUGGUGGUUUCCUACUUGUCUUACUGUGACUUCUAUCGGCCACGAUUCUUCAUUCUGGAGAAUGUGCGCAACUUCGUGUCCUUCAAGAAGAGCAUGGUGCUCAAGCUUACGUUACGCUGUCUCCUGAGGAUGGGGUACCAGUGUACUUUCGGAGUCCUGCAAGCUGGUUGUUACGGAGUGCCCCAAACACGACGAAGGGCGAUCAUCAUGGCGGCUGCGCCGGGUGAGGAGUUACCGCUGUACCCUGAGCCCACGCAUUGCUUCUCCCCUCGCACGUGUCAGCUGACGGUCAUGGUGGAUGAGAAGAAGUUCACGUCCAACAUCACGCGUACGGCGAGUGCACCGUAUCGCACUAUCACCGUGAGGGACGCCAUGUCCGACCUACCGGAAAUACGCAACGGGGCGUCCGCAGCAGAGAGUUCAUAUGAGGGCGAGGCGAUAUCGCACUUCCAGCGUCAGAUCCGGGGGAACCAAUACCAGCCCUUGCUAAGGGACCAUAUCUGUAAGGAGAUGAGCGCCCUUGUUGAGGCCCGGAUGAGGCACAUCCCCUUGGCCCCAGGCUCCGACUGGAGGGACCUACCAAAUAAGGAAAUUCGCCUCUCCGAUGGAACAUACAGCAAGAAACUCCAAUACACGCACCACGACAAGAAAAACGAGAAAGGCUCAAGUCAGCGGCUACGUGGUGUCUGCUCAUGCGCAGAGGGCCGCCCUUGUGAGCCCGCUGACCGGCAGUUUAACACACUCAUCCCGUGGUGUCUCCCUCACACCGGCAACCGCCACAACCACUGGGCGGGGCUUUACGGUCGCCUGGAGUGGGACGGGUACUUCAGUACUACCAUUACCAACCCUGAGCCAAUGGGAAAACAGGGUCGUGUCCUUCACCCGGAGCAACACCGUGUGGUCAGCGUCAGAGAAUGCGCUCGUUCCCAGGGAUUCCCGGACACCUAUCGUUUCUAUGGCAGCAUCCUUGACAAGCACCGACAAGUCGGCAACGCCGUCCCACCUCCUCUCGCGGCCGCCAUUGGCCGAGAGAUCAAAAAGGGCCUGGAGCUGACUCAAGGAGUAAGGAAGAAAGACGAGAGCAAGAUGGAUAUUACGUCAUAGGAAUGUAUAUAUAAGGAGCGUGCUUGAACUACGAAAUAGGAAGAGGAGGAUUAGGAGACUAGGACAGCGGAAGGAGGAAUUUAAGCUGCAAUGUUUCUUCGAGCGUAUUCCACAUCAUGAACGAGAAAUGUAAGCAGUAUUUUAUGCAGUUGAAGGAAUAGGAAAAUCACUACUAUUUGCUUGCCAAAACAGUGCCGUUUUAUUUCAUCAGCAAAUGUAAAAAGGAACUGAGGAGAAAAUAAUAGGAAUAUCCUUUACCUAUCCUGACUGACAGAUUUUAUCAUUUUCCUUGUUUUGCCUAUUGCGGAUAUAAAGACAUUAGCUUGGUUUCGCACUAUUUGAUCUGUAUACCAUACCAUAGUCAGCUGGAAAGCAGAAAUACAACACUAGUUAUACAGCAUGUUCCGUGUCAAUUACUAAGUAAUACUUGGAGGUACUUGAAAUGUACACGGGCGGAACACUCAUGAAUAUUUGACAGCUUUUAUUAAGUAAAUAAUUUAUGUAGCUGAGAAUAUAUAGCCCUAUGUAAAAUAUGAGCUUUUUAUACAUUUGAAUGCCUGCAUAAGUCAUAAAGAACAAAGUAUGCAUAAAAGAACAUUAACACAAUUUUACACAAACUUUAUUAUACUCCAUUUUAUACAAACCUUACGUAAACAUUAUUUCCCUCUAGUAUGAUUUUAUGAUUAUAUCUUUUUGUAGGUGUGAAAUAAAAUAUUGUUUGAAAAUUGA